AUGAUGAAGGUUUCUAGCUUUUGUUCUGUGUUCUUGAUGGUUGUCACAGUUUUUAUCUUUUUUAGCCUCACAAGUACCACUGGUCUCUCUUGGUUUCCAGAUUUGGUUGGUACAAAAUGUGUUGAUGAAACACCACCAAUUAGAGUUAGCAGGAAACUGAAGGAAAAUGUGAAUAAUAUUAAAAGCAACGAAAAAGGGUAUUUAGAUGAAGAAGGUCGUGUGAGUGUUGAAGAUUACAAUCCAGUUGAUCCAACACCAGGUAGAGAUCAAAAGAAUGUUAAUCCAGGACCAAUUGAACAUGGAACUCCUCUCAUCCCAUUCAUACCAAUAUCUCCACCUCCUAAGCCUGGUCCUGGAGAUUCUUAUUAG